GUAUAUCUUCAGCUAAUUGAUGGAAGGAUAAAUAUUUUUGUGAGUGUAAAAUAAUUCAGUCGGAUUAAUGGAACAUAUUGGUUUACAACAGAUUUUUGAGGAUGAAAAUGUAUUUGAAGUUGAAGCUAUCGUUGGUAGAAAGAAAGUAAAUGGAAAAUGGCUGUAUAGGGUACGUUGGAAAGGAUAUUCAGCCCAUCAUGACACUUGGGAACCUAGAGAGAAUCUGCUCACGUGUGAAGACAUGAUCGAAGACUAUGCUGAGAAAAUUCAGAAGAAAGCUUCGAAACGGAAAGCUAAAGUCACUUCGGCCAAAAGAAAAGUAGAGAAGAAAGAAAAUUAUGAUAAGAUUGAAACCAAUGAUAGUGAACCUCAGCCUUCUGAAAUGAAAUCUGGCCAUGGAUUGAAAGAUUCAUUUUGGAAAGACUUAGAAGAAGGGAAAAUCAAUGUUUUUGAAUCCGAUCUUUACAGCAGGGUGAAGGCAAGACCAAAACCAGUAAAAAGUUUUAUUGAGUCUGGUUUGUCACAAGGAUCGGCAAAGAAAAAGAAUACCGAUACCUCAAAAAAACGUAGUUUUGAUCAAGACAGAGUUAAGUCUAAGAGAUUUGAAUUACAAGACAAUGAAAAGUUGUCCAAACAGAGUGAUGGAUAUGACGAAUACAAGUGUAACAGUGGUUCUGCCACUCAGGAACAGGAUGGUGAUUUUGCUCAUAAGAUAAUAUUGUCAAAGAAAAGUUGUCAGACAACAAAGAAUUCCAUGAACACAGAGGGAGUUUAUCAAGCCAAAGAAGGUAGUACCAAAAUCUCGUUGAAACAAGGGCUUAGUGGAUAUUAUGAAGUUAGUAAGAUAACAAAUAGUUAUGAACAGAGUCUGCCUUUUACUCGAGAGAGUAAACUAGUUUCCACUCAGGUCCAAGACCAGUUGAAUGCUAAUGAUGCUCAGCCAGUCACCAAAGAGUCAUUGAAUGCUUCUUGUUCAGUUCCUUCUGUCACCACCUCAACGGAGAACAAAGUUAAAAAAAACCUGGAUAAUGUUCAGGAUAAUGGAUCAAUAACUCCUGUUUCUGCUCCAUCCAGGAGCCCACUUCAGAAAAAUGUCAAGACGUGUGAUAAUGAAAGUAUGGAAUCUAAUAAGAAAAAUAAGAUACAAGGAGAGGCAAGUCAUAAUCUUCAUUCUCCCAGUCAAAAAAGCAUUUUAUCACAUGUUUCAGUCUCUCAGCCAUCUGCUGGAACAAAGCCGACCCCCUUAAAUGGAGUGGACCGUAAUCAUGGCACCACUGAUGUAACCGUUAAAGAUGCGAGCAGUGUCAUGUUAAAGCUGGAGGACCCAGAAAACAAGAAGAUCAUUAGCCGAGCUCUUCAGAAGGCAACCCUUGUUCAGAGUUCUCACCUGAGCGGAAAAUCAGACGGCACUGAUGUAAAAGAAAAAGCUCAGUUUCUGAUUCACUUGGAUGAUUAUUCUGCAGAUGACUGGGCAAGAAAGAAAAGUCUGAUGAUCUGUCCUCCUUUGGAUAUCUCUCAAAACGAGUUGCGUGAAGCAGUGAAGGCAGGGGAUUAUAACACUGUGAAAAGAGCCCUGAAUGGAAGCAGACAGUAUGAUCUUGAACUGCCAGAAGUGAACGGGAUGACCCUAGUGAUGACCGCAGCAGCUCGGGGUUAUACUAGUAUUACUGAAGUGUUGGCUACCAGUGGUGCAAACAUCAAUGCACAGUCAAAGAAUGGACUAACACCUUUGAUGUUUGCCUGUAUAAAA